AUGACUGACGCUGAAGUCUCAACGAUUCCCAAAGCCACAGCACCUCCGCCUCCCUCUGGUGUUACUGUCUUCAAGGUGGCAUGGAAGAAGAACAUCUUCCUUGGCCUGAAGCGCGGCCGGUUUUUUAGUGGCCCUUUCAAUGCACUCCUUCAGAUGGGAAUUACGGUGAUGCUCUACCAUAUUUUCCAGAAUGUUGCUGAUAGCGCCGGCUCGAAGAGUGUUGGGCGUUGGCUCAUGGCAUCCUUCCUCCCUCUGAACACUCUUCUUGGCAUCACCUUUGGAAUGAAUGGGGCCAUGAUUGAUAUUAUUGGCGAGAAGGACAAGAAGAUGAAGAUCAUCCAAAACAUCUACGGAAUGUCGGAAACCAUGUAUUGGACGACUUGGUUUACGUUCUAUGGGUUGAUUGCUGUCAUUUGUAUGUGCAUCAUCUACAUUUGUUGGUUAGCCAUUGUUCCCAUCCUUACUACCGUCAACUUCGGAAUAUCCUUCAUUAUUCUCGUUUGCGCCUAUGUUCAAACGCUGCUGAUGGUCUUCUGCACAAGCCUAUUUAUGGAGAAGCCUCGGACUGCAGAUGCGCUCACCAGCGUACUGUCCAUACUUUUGUUGUCCCUGUCUGCCGCUUCUCAGUUCCUUCUGCGAGAUCAUUACUGGCUGGGCUACGUCGCCGGUUGCCUGCCAUUGAUGAAUUGCUUCCAAGCUUUAUCUUCAAUGCUUUACCUCGGUGCGGCGGUCGAAUGCAACAACGGUUCCUGCAGAGACAUCGGAGCCAACUUCGAUACUCUACACUUGACGGAGUUUUGCAUGGUCGAGUACGACCCUAUCCACUUUCCCUGCAUUGAGGAGGCACAUGCAAAGAUCUUUCCACUGAGCACAGCCUUGAUGUUCCUGGUGGUGGAUACGCUGUUCCUUGCUUUUCUUUUGUGGUGGUUGAGCCAAGCAUGGCAGGGCAAAUAUGGCAAAGCAAAGCCGUGGUGCUUUUGCUUAAUGCCAAAGUAUAUGUGCAGCAAAGGCCCUCGUCGUUACUCCAACAUUGUUACACCAGGUACCUCAGAAAGUGAGCCAGUCCUUUCCAUUCAACACCUUCGAAAAGUGUUUCGAGAUGGCAAGGUUGCCGUGGAUGACCUUUCCUUGGAGGUCUUCCCAGGCGAAAUUUUUGCCUUGCUCGGGCACAACGGUGCUGGCAAGACCACUGCUUUGAAUUGUGCUGUUGGUCUGACUUCGGCAACAUCUGGGGAUCUGAUUAUCAAUGGCUACAACGUGGAGACAGAUUUGGAGCUUGCAAGGCAGCAAAUGUCUGUGUGCCCGCAGGACAAUCCUCUAUUUGAAGAGUUUACCGUGAAGCAGCAUUUGGCCUACUUCAGUACACUUCGUGGAGUUCUGCCCCAGGUAGUGGAUCAACGUGCUGACGCAAUCUUGAGCUCGCUUGGCCUGGGAGAUCGAGCCAAUCACCCAAGUGGCAAGUUAUCCGGCGGUCAGAAGCGACGGUUGUGGGUUGCUACAGCUUUGAUUGGCGACUCACCAGUUGCUUUCUUAGAUGAACCCACCAGUGGAAUGGACCCAUCUUCCCGGCGCGAGCUUUGGGCUUUGCUUCUGAAAAUCCGUGACACCGGCAUCUCAGCUGAUCAUGGCCACAGCAUCAUUUUUACCACCCACUACUUGGAAGAGGCUGACAUCCUGGCGAAUCGUAAGGCGGUUUUAGCCCGUGGACGUGUGCAAGCGGUUGGAACCUCCAGGGAGCUGAAACGGAGGUUUGGGAUUGGCUACCGUCUCACGUGUCAGAUUCUACCCAAAGCAUCGCGACCAGCGCUGGAGUCUUUUGCUAAGGAGUACGUAAAGUCGGCAGCGUUGGAAAGUGAAGAGGACAUAGCAGUGGCCAGCAUCACAAUGAGCCUAGAUGACGUUGGGUGCUUUUCCAAGUUCCUCCUUGCACUGGAAGACUCUCAAGAUCAACUUGGUGUGAUCGAUUAUGCACUCGGGAUGUCUUCCCUUGAGGAUGUGUUCAUGGCCCUCGAGGACAAAGACGACAAAGAUGUGACCGCCGACAAGGCAGACGCUAGCGUCCAGAAGGACCUUCGAGAUCUCGAAGCUGCUGAAGUCGGACCUGACAGGACCGACAGCUCAGAAUGGCGUUGUGCCAAGGCGGUCUUUAUUCUCCGCUUAAAGCCGGUCCAGGCCAGCAGGUUUCGAUUCGGCACGGUCGUACUGCUACCGUUCUUGAUCCAGCUGGGUGGCUGCUACUUGGCCACCUUAGGAGCUACUGACAUGGAUUCCGGGACAAAUGGCUAUGCCAUUGCCAUCUAUCCAGCCAUGUCCUUCGGAUUUGUUCUGCUCUCAUCAUGCCAAGACGUUAUGACCGAUAUCAAGAACAAAUGCAAGUAUGUGUCAAUGUCUCAGGGCCUUUCAGCCAGGGCAUAUUGGCUUGGAAACUUCAUGGCUCAUCUUGUGCUUCUUUUGCCUGCAGCGAUGGAAUUUGUGAUUGUUUAUCUUCUCCUGAGACCACCGAGCAUGCCUAUAGAAGUGCUUCCUAUGGUUAUUCUGGCCAUACUUUUGUACCCAAUUCCUUUGACCCUCUGCGUGUACAACUUUACGGUGGCGAUGGCCGGCUCUGAGUCAGUCUCAAAAGUGGUUCCUGUGAUGCUGAUGACCACGCAACUCUUACCCGCACUGAUCACUUCGAUUAUCACAGCUGCGUACGUGCCUGAGAGCUUGGCCGGUUUUGCCAACGCCUGGCAUGUGACACUUUCAGUACUGAACCCUAACUAUGGAUUACCUGGACUGAUAGCUUAUAUCAUAAAUGUGGAUGGUCCAAAGAAGCUCUCAGUUGGAGGCUAUUUUGCAACCCUUUCUGCCGUUCCGCUCUACAUGAUGUUUGUUACAUCUUCUGUUUGCCUCUUCAACCUUGUCAGAUUGGACACUAAGAGUUACCAGAACAAACCACCAUUGCCAACGGAAACAACCUCAAAGAUCGCGGACGAGGAUGUCUUGGCUGAAGAAGAACGAUGCAAGCAGGAGGCGGACACAGAGGACGCUGCCAGAUAUCAAGAAUUGAGCCAUACCUACCGCUUAGCGAAUACCGGCUCCAGACCCAGCGCGUGCGCUUAUGCAACCAGAGAGUUCAAGUAUGUGAAUGCAGUUAGAAGCAUCAGCCUUGGUAUACAGAAGGGCGAAUGCUUCAGCUUGCUGGGGCCCAAUGGGGCUGGAAAAACGACAACGCUUGGCAUUCUGACCGGCGAAAUCAGGACACCUAGUGCUGGGAAAGUCAGCAUCCUUGGUCAUGAUAUGUCGCUGGAGUCAGAACGAGCAAAAGCCUUUGAAGUGCUUGGGGUGUGUCCUCAAGUCGAUCCUGUGUGGGACGAGGUCCCAGGGAAAGAUCACCUCCGGUUUUACGGCCGGAUCAAAGGCGUUGCAGAAGACAAGUUGGACAAGACGGUGAUGGAUCUGAUGGUUCGCCUUGGCCUCUCAGAGCAAGAUGCCAUGAAGCCCGUAGGAACCUACAGCGGUGGGAUGAAGAGGAAGCUAAGUGUUGGAAUUGCCCUAAUUGGUCACUCGAAGAUGCUUUUCCUGGAUGAACCCUCAGCAGCAGUGGACGCUGGAGCCAAACGCCAUUUGUGGAAGGUGAUCAAAUCCCGUGGCCCCGAUCAGACAGUUGUUCUCACGACUCACUCCAUGGAGGAGGCCGGAGCACUGAGUAGCAGGAUGGCCAUUCAGGUCAUGGGACAACUUCGAUGCUUGGGAACACCAAUGCAUAUCAAGCACAAGUACGGCACUGGUUAUCAGCUGGAGCUCUUUUUUGAUGGCACCGUUAUUGGCACUGGAUUUGCUUCCAAGAAGGAUGAGCUGGUGGCUUUUGUGCAGCAAAACAUCUCACCUUUGGCAGAGCUAUUGGAGGGUCAUUCAGAGCGGCAGUUGUACCAGCUCCCUCCGAGAAGUGAGGGGUUGAAGCUGGGCAAAGUCUUGGAAGUAGUGGAGGCCCAAAAGGACAGCUUAGGAAUCACUGAGUAUACCAUAUCGCAGCCAUCAUUGGAGCAGGUCUUCCUUCGUUUUGCAAAGGAGCAGUAUGAAGCUGAUAGAGCAAAAGAAAACGGAGACGAAACUCCGAUUCAUAAUGCAGACAAGGAGUGAAUGUUGUGGGAAGCUAGCUAAAUCAUUAUUCAAACCUGUACAGAUCACAUGCCCGUGCAAAGCACUGGGAGCACAGUGCGAAAAUGUGGGGGUAGCUGGCAACCGG